AGAGUUACUUUCAAGAAGCAAAUUGGAAGUGUAACAAUUUCAGGGCACAAGUUUAUAGGAUGUCCAAUACCUUGUGGGGUUUACAUAACAAGAAUGCGACACAUUAACACUCUCUCAAAAAAUAUAGAGUAUAUAGGUUCUUCCGACACCACUAUAAUGGGAGGUAGAAGCGGUCAUGCUCCAAUCUUUUUGUGGUAUGCCUUAAACAUAAAGGGUUAUAAUAGAUUUCGGAAAGAAGUUGAAAAAUGUCUUACAAAUGCUCGUUACUUGAAGGAUCGGAUUGUGGAAAUAGGGAUUAGUGCCAUGCUUAACGAGUCGAGCAACACGGUUGUAUUUGAGCGGCCUCUAGACAAUGAGUUUGCCCAUCGAUGGCAACUCGCUUGUGAAAGAAGCAUGGCGCAUGUAAUUGUGAUGCCCAAUAUAACCGUUGAAAAGCUAGAUGAAUUCUUGGAUGAAUUGUCGAAGAAACACUCUCAAUGGUACAAAAACGGGGAAGGAGUUCAACCUCCUUGUCUUGCAGCCGAUAUAGAAGAAACACUCUCAAUGUCAUCAGGGGUAUCAGAAGAGAAGAACCAAAUGUUGCCGGAAACCUGUCAUCCGCUCUCCGACGUAUCGCCGGGAAAGAUCAGCAAUGUCGGCGCCGGCAAACUUGUCCAGAGAAGGGAGGAAAACAGAGAGACUGUGCCUCGUAGACUACUUCUAGCAGUGACAGAGCCAGGAAGAGAAAAAUAG